CUGUCACGCCCGAUGACAGCUCACGACGUUGGCAAAUAUAAACAAAAUGUGUCUCGAAACUUGCAUCACGAUAACGACCGAAAAGCAAUAAUAUCUUACCCCGAUCGUGAUGGGUUUUAACGUGGGUGCUUACCUGCGACACACCGUCGUAGUGGCGUUGGGCAUUUUGUUAUUUUAUAUAUUAGCCUCUAAACGAAAACAAAUCCUCGAGAGCGUCUUUUCCAUUACCGACCCCGGAAAGGCACAGCUGGAACUGGGAGAACUGCUGUUUACCGAGACGGAGCUAUCGAAGUUCAACGGCAAGGAGAGGGACCUGUUGUAUUUGGUCAUUUUAGGGCACGUAUACGAUGUCACGGCGGGCUUGAAACACUACGGACCAGGACAGUCCUAUCAUAUGUUCGUUGGUCACGAUGCAACACGAUCCUUCGUGACCGGAGAGUUCGACGAAUACUCCUCCGAGCUGAGCGAUGUUUCGUCGCUAAAGGAAACGGAACUACAGCAGCUCAUCACCUGGAAGGAGUUUUACGAUAAAACGUACCGGUACGUGGGUAAGCUGAUAGGACGAUACUUUGACUCGGCCGGCCAACCCACGGCCUACUAUCAGCACGUGCUGGACCGCGCGGCAAAGGCAAACGAUAGCAAGGACAACGAGCGACAGUAUCCUUCUUGCAACGUUGAGUGGAAGCUUGAGAUGGGCACCCGUGUAUGGUGCACGAAUCGCAGCGGCACAGGGCAAGAACGAUCGUGGAUCGGUCGACCAAGAAAGGUUGUGACGUCGGCUGAGGCCGACGGGGCCGGACGGGGCUCGGAACAAUAUUGUGCCUGCGUACCGGAAGGUAAUAACGAUGAGCAAUACGUACCAUUCCCAGGAUGCGAUAGUGCGGCUGAAUCUUGCAUCGUGCCUGAUCAAAACUAGAACAAAAACACAUUUCCGUUUUCAGUUUAAGCACACAAAGCCGUCCGAGGGUUUUCACGGGGGGCGUACCUAACUGUUAAGUUUGCUGCUUGCAUAGCAAGACAAGAAAGUAUUGAAAAAGCACAUAUCAGUAGCUUGUAAGCGGAUAAAGGAGCACUCUAUUUUUUAUGUAACGAAAUAAAAGGAAAGGUUUAUUACUGUUUGCACGGUAAGAGUAA